GAGUGCGGGGAUGGGUCGGGGUGCGGGGAUGGAACGGGGCGGAGACGGCAGCGAGUCGGUAACGGCACCAAACCGAGACCGUGCGUGAAGUGCGGACAGGGACGGGCCGUUGUCGUUAUACGGAUAGGGGAUGCGUUCUGUCGUGCCUGUUUCCAUGAGUACUUUGUGCACAAGUUCCGUGCUAUGCUGGGCAAGAACCGCGUCAUCUUCCCAGGAGAGAAGGUGCUGCUGGCGCUGUCGGGUGGGAUGGGCUCCAGUGCGAUGCUGAGACAGGUCCAAGAGGGGCUGAGCCGGGAGGCGGCCAAGAGGCUGCGCUUUGUGCCUGGCGUCAUCUACAUCGAUGAGGGAGCAGUGUGCGGCCAGAGCCUGGAGCAACGGGAGCAAACCCUGAGCCGCAUUGAGGCCCUGCUGCAGGAAACCGGCUUCCCCUACUACCUGGCCUCCCUGGAGCAGGCCUUGGAGCUGCCUGGCUCAAUCCUGCGGCGGGGCCCUGGUGGGGGCAGUGAACCAGGCCCUUCUUACAAGUCGGCUGUAGAUGGAUUCAUCCAGCAGCGGCGGCAGGAGGAGGCUGGUGGGGAUGGUGGCAGCUUGGCCGCAGGACUCAGCACCCAGCAUGGUCCCAUAGGGGACUCCCAUACCUGCCUGCCUGCGGCUGCCCGCACCGAGGAGCUGCUGCGACUCUUUGACUCAGCAGAGACACUGACGGCAAAGGAGGAGCUGCUGCAGAUGCUGAGGAGCCACCUCGUCCUGCACACUGCCCGCACACAGGGCUACACCAAGGUGAUGACGGGUGAGAGCUGCACCCGCGUGGCCGUCAAGCUGCUCACCAACCUGGCCCUGGGGCGCGGUGCCUUCCUCGCUAUGGACACAGGCUUUGUGGACAGCCGGCACGGUGACGUGAUAGUGGUGCGUCCUAUGCGGGACUAUAUGGCCAAGGAGAUUGCGUUCUACAACCACUUCUUUGGCGUCCCCACAGUCAUCACACCACCCCUCCAAGCCAAGCGCCGGGAGAAGACCAGCAUCCACCGCCUGAUGGAGAACUUCCUGCUGGGGUUGCAGGUGGAUUUUCCCUCCACCAUCAGCACCGUGUAUCGGACAGGUGAGAAGCUGAGCCUGGCUCCAGCUGAAGCAAACAGCGAACAGCAGCGCUGCCUGCUCUGCCUCUGCGCCCUGGACAUCGCUGGGGAGGAGGAGCUGGCCUUAGAGCCCACGCUGGUGAAAGACACAGAGAACGGGGCUGAGAGCAGAGCUGCCUUCAUCCCACUGCUGUGCUACAGCUGCCGCCUCACUUUCAAGGAAAUGGGUCCCCCAGCCACGCUGCCAACCUACGUGCGCACUGAAGCUGAGCGCAGGAGCUGCAGGGCUCUGAUGAAGGAGCAGAUCCAGGAAUUCCUGCUGGAGGAUGAUGAUGAGGAGGAGCCUGGUGGGAGCUGACGGCACAGGGCACAGCUGUGGGGCACGGAGCCCUGUCAUUGUGGGGCAGGAAGGUCCCAUAAGGGUGAGGGAAUCUGGGAUCACUGAAUGGUGAUACCUGGCAUUCAGACAGCUGCUUUCACACCGGAUUUAAAUGAUCCAAUACCAGCAGGGGGUCAAGGAGACCCCCCCCUCCAAGUGCCCAUCCAGGGGGUGCUGAUACCCACAUCCCCACUCCCACCCCAGUGCUGGGAAGGCUGGGGUGGCCUCAGCUUUGUUUUAUUAGAUAUCUGUAUAAAUAAACC